GACGAUAUAUCAUCUCUCAUCAUCCUUAUCCCAAGUGCCAACAUGAACCAAAUCACACUCAACGUCUCCGUGUUCACCCUGUACCUCUGAUGGCGGAUAUCUCCAAAUUCGCUUAAUCGUCCAUUCCAGCACACUGCACCAUGUGACAAGGUCGCAUGCGCUAACGCUCAGACCCUGCUAUCUAUCUAUCUAUCCUCACCUCGGUACCACCAAACCCUCGUGUGCUUCAUAUGAGCCCUUUACUCAUAGAGGAGCCGUCACAUUCCACGAGCAGCCAUUCACUCGCUGUCGACUCUUUAUUCUGGCGCAAUCCCCACCAUCGGCAGUCGUGGAACUGUUGCCAUACAUUUCCCUUCCUCGUGGACCGUCAAUGAGACCACUCUCCCACCCGCUCGACUCGAUUCGCACCUAUCCCUUCCUUCCGUCAACUAGCCGCCAUGGGCGCCCCCGAUCAAGAGAACGUGGCACAGAUGGGAUCAGCUCCAGGUGAGCGCCAGUCCCGCGAGUCUGUCGACUCGCAAUCUUCCAAUCUCGACGUCAACACUCACCUCAUUCCUCCAGCGCUGUCUCUGGUAUCAACCUCCUCCUCCACCCCAUACAAAGUAUACAAGCGCCGAUUCUUCGGCCUUGCCCAAUUGGUCCUGCUUAAUAUUGUUGUGUCGUGGGACUGGAUAGCAUUCGCUCCCGUGUCGACGAGCUCCGCCGAGUAUUUCCAAACAUCUGAAUCCAAUAUCAACUGGAUCUCCACCGCCUUCCUUUUCGCCUUUGUCGUUGCCACCCCAUUCACCUUCUUUGUCUUACACCGGUUCGGAUGUAAAACCGCAAUCAUGGCUGCUGCCUCCCUCCUCCUGGUCGGCAACUGGAUCAAGUAUGGAGCGACAAAAGCCUCAAAUUUUCCCGGCGUCAUGGUCGGCCAAUUGCUUAUCGGAUUUGCCCAGCCGUUUGUCCUGUCAUCUCCUACCAGCUAUAGCAACCUCUGGUUCAGUCCCCGAGGUCGAACCACCGCCACCGCGGUCGCAUCCCUAGCCAAUCCCUUUGGCGCUGCCUUGGGCCAGCUAAUUUCUCCUCUCUGGGUCUCAACCCCAUCCGACAUCCCCAACAUGAUCCUGUAUGUUGCCAUCAUAUCUUCUGUUGCCUGUGUACCGAGUUUCUUCAUUCCUUCGCACCCACCCACCCCACCGUCAGCAGGUUCCAAAUCUCUCUCAGACGGACUCGACCGCAACACGAUUAAACACGACGUGACCACCCUCAUGCACAGUCCCGAGUUCUACCUCGUCUUCAUCCCAUAUUCCAUCUUUGUCGGCUUCUUCAACGCCAUCUCCAGCCUUCUCAACCAGAUCCUCGAACCUCAUGGCUUUAGCGAAGACGAUGCCGGCAUCGCAGGCGCCAUUCUCAUCGUUGUCGGACUGGUCUGCGCCGCCAUCUCCUCUCCAGUCAUCGACCGAUAUAAAUUCUAUCUCAAAUACAUCAAAUUCACCGUACCCAUGAUUGGGCUUGCCUACCUUAUCUUCAUCUGGGCGCCGCAGACCGGUUCUUUGGCAUAUGUAUAUGUCGUCUGCGCGAUCCUGGGCGCCGCAAGCUUUGGCUUGGUUCCCGUGGUACUAGAAUUCCUAGUCGAGAUCCACUAUCCACUAGGUCCAGAGUUGGGAAGCAGUCUCUGCUGGUGUGGAGGACAAUUACUCGGUGGUAUUUUCAUCAUCAUUAUGGACGCUUUGAAAGCAGGUCGAGAUGCAUCACCUCCAUUGAACAUGAAACGCGCCCUCAUCUUCCAGGCAACCUUGGCCAUGGUCGCCGUGCCCUUUGCUUUGGUAUUGGGCUUAUUCGGUCGAGAAGAACGGGUCAGACCGCGGAGAUGGGAAGCUGAUCAAGGCACGAGUUCCUCAGAGGAACAGGAGAUCCGUGUGAGCGACAGUUUUGAAGAGCCCGUGCGAGCCCAGGAUGACCGUACGAGGUCAUGACCAUGACCAUGACCAUGAAGAAUCGACAAUGGACGACAUAUAAUCGAGAAGUUGCUAAAGGACCAUGGUCAUUGAAGAAGUUGUGAGACUUUCAAGCCUUUGGCUCAACCUUUUACGGCGUUUUUUUUUUUGUUUUUGGGCAAGACAAGGGAAGGAGUUAAUGAAACAACCUUGUCAGGGUAUCGGUUGUUGUGUAACUGAGCGAUAUACCAUGACGUUUUGCAAUCCAGUGUUGAGCAGCGCAGCGAUCCAAGCGACCAUCCAGUUAUUUGGUUUCAUAGUUGAAUGAAUCAAUGCC